UAGGCCCUUGUAUGCAGCACUUUUGGUUCAUUUCCUACUACUCCACAGCAGCACUUGCAUGGGUGGAGAUGUUAAAAUUAAUAGCUCCUGUGCUCCAUCUUCUUGUGGAAACAUACGCAACAUAAGGAGCCCAUUUCGCCUGAUAGAUGAUCCAGAAAACUGUGGCGACCAUAGGUAUAACUUAUCAUGUGAAAACAACCUCACUGUACUCUACUUAUCAUCAGGAAGAUACAAAUAUUACGUGCAGGAAAUCAAUUACACUCUCUAUACAAUUCGUCUUGUUGAUGCGGGCAUUCAGAAGGAUAAUUGCUCUUCCAUCCCUCGCUAUUCUAUAGGAAGCAAAGAUGUUUGGGAUCUAUAUGAUACGAUAUAUCCUAGGCUUAAAGGCCCAUAUUUCGGAGGACAAAAUGAAUAUGUCGAACUAACAAAGGCUAUUACUUAUGUAAAAUGUGCAAACUCAGUGAGUCAUCCUUUAUACGUGGAUGCUGCUCCUUGCACUAAUAAUGCUACUAACACAUCAAGCUCUACUUUAGCGCCAUAUUCCUAUGUUUAUGUUGGUUGGUUAAAUAGCUCGGAAUUGAGGCCUUCCUGUCAGAUCGAGCAUAUGUCUUUCAUAGCAUCCAAGGGAUUAAUUCACGGGGACGAAAAGUUGUCCUACGAAGACGUCCACAAUCAGCUGGUAUAUGGGUUCGAGCUCUCUUGGUUGCGAGGUCGAGAAACUCCAGAUCGGCCGCUUUGCUUCCUCGACCCCUCAAACCAAGUUCGUUGUGGUUUUAGGAAGAUCUGCACCUAUUUUGCAGUAAUCGGUUUCAUGCCCAUGAUUUGUGCUCAACAGAGCAACAUACAACGUCACUUUGAGCUUCUAAUCAAAAUUAUUGGAUCAUGUAUCAUGAUAAGAUUUUUACUGGGGACCUUAUUUCCAAUGGUGGUUUUGAUCUAUAGAUGGAGAAGAAGGCAUUUAUCAAUGUACGACACCAUAGAAGAUUUUCUGCAGAGAAAUAAUAACCUCAUGCCCAUAAGGUACUCUUAUUCAGAUAUUAAGAAGAUGACCAGGGGUUUUGAGGACAAAUUGGGUGAAGGAGGCUUUGGCUCUGUAUUUAAAGGAAAGCUACGCAGUGGUCGUUAUGUAGCAAUCAAGAUGUUAGGCAAGUCCAAUGCAAAUGGACAAGACUUUAUAAAUGAGGUGGCCACUAUUGGAAGGAUUCACCAUGCGAAUGUGGUGCAACUUAUUGGCUUUUGUGUUGAGGGAUCAAAACGUGCUCUAGUGUAUGAGUUCAUGCCUAAUGGUUCUCUAGAUAAAUUCAUGCUUUCCAAAGAAGGAAGUGCCAUCUUAAGCUAUGAGCAAAUGUUGAAAAUUUCCCUUGGAGUGGCUCGUGGGAUUGAAUAUCUACAUCAAGGUUGUAACAUGCAAAUUCUGCAUUUCGACAUUAAGCCUCACAAUGUUCUCCUUGAUGAGAACUUCACACCGAAGGUUUCAGACUUUGGUCUCGCGAAGCUUUAUCCGACAGACAAUAGCAUUGUGUCUUUGACAGCAAUAAGAGGAACAAUUGGAUAUAUGGCUCCAGAGUUGUUUUACAAAAACAUUGGAGGUGUCUCCUAUAAAGCUGAUGUGUAUAGUUUUGGAAUGUUAUUGAUGGAAAUCAUGGGAAAAAGGAAGAAACCCAGUGCACCUGAAGAUCGUUCAAGCGAAAUGUACUUCCCUGAUUGGGUUUACGACCAAGUUAGCAAAGAAAACGACACAGAAUUGGAAAUUUCCAUGGAGGAGGAAAGGAAAUUAGAAAAGAAGAUGAUCAUAGUUGCACUAUGGUGUAUACAAAUGAGGCCUAGCUAUCGUCCUUCAAUGAGCAAAGUCAUAGAGAUGCUGGAAGGAGAAAUUGAAAGCCUAGAGUUGCCUCCUAAACCUUUCCUUUGUCCUCAAGGUAUAGAAACGGAGGAUUUCAGAGAGACUACAAAUUCAGCUUACUCAUCAGGUCUAUCUGGUGAUUCUUUAGAAUCCAAUCAACUCUUGAGUAACUCAAAUAAAGGUGAUUAGUUUGUUUGC